AUGCUGAUGAACAGCAGCCUGGUCCUUGAAGCGCAACAGAGGAGGGAGCUACUGGCAGGACAGAUCGUGACCGGGAUCCUUCUCUCUCUCUUGAUAUUUUGGACCCUCUUCGGUAAUAUCCUGGUAUGUACAGCUGUAACGAGGUUCAGGCACCUUCGAAAUAGAGUAACCAACAUAUUUAUAGCGUCGCUAGCAGUAUCUGAUCUUUUAGUGGCCCUCUUGGUCAUGCCUUGGAAAGCUGUAGCAGAGGUGGCAGGUCACUGGCCAUUUGGAGCCUUCUGCAACAUCUGGGUAGCUUUUGACAUCAUGUGCUCCACUGCUUCUAUCUUGAACCUUUGUGUUAUCAGUAUGGAUCGGUACUGGGCAAUCUCCAGCCCUUUUAGAUAUGAGAGGAAGAUGACCCAAAAAGUUGCUUUGUUUAUGAUCAGCGCUGCCUGGACGUUGUCUGUCUUAAUUUCAUUUAUACCAGUGCAACUUAAUUGGCACAGAAAUAGUGAGACAAUAAGUAAUCAGACCACACAAGACUGUGACUCCAGCCUGAAUAGGACUUAUGCUAUCUCCUCCUCCCUUAUCAGCUUUUACAUCCCUGUAGCCAUCAUCAUAGUGACUUAUUAUAGAAUUUACAAGAUUGCUCAGAUACAGAUCAGGAGGAUCUCAAUCCUAGAAAGAGCAGCUGAACAUGCCCAAAGCUGUAGAAGCAAUCAGAUAGAUUGCAGACACCAUCAUAACAGUCUAAGAACUUCUAUAAAGAAAGAAACGAAAGUUUUAAAAACAUUGUCUAUCAUUGUAGGAGUGUUUGUGUGUUGCUGGUUGCCUUUCUUCAUACUGAACUGCAUGGUGCCAUUUUGUGACAAGACUUCUGGAAAUCCAGAGAAGGGGCUUCCUUGCGUUAGUGAGACCACCUUUGACAUUUUUGUGUGGUUUGGAUGGGCAAAUUCGUCUUUGAACCCCAUCAUAUAUGCUUUCAACGCUGACUUUCGUAAAGUUUUUUAUAGUCUUCUAGGUUGUGGACAUUGGUGCUCAAAUACACCUGUAGAGACUGUAAACAUCAGCAACGAGAUUAUAUCAUACAACCAAGAUACUAUUUUCCAUAAGGAUAUUGUAACUGCGUAUGUCAACAUGAUUCCCAACGUAGUCGAUUGUAUAGAGGACAACGAUGAAACAUUUGAUCGCAUGUCCCAGUUGUCAACAUCUGCAAACAAUGAGCUUGCUACAGAUUCAAUAUGUGACCUAGACUGUGAGCUGGAUAUUUCCUUACACAAAAUAACCCCCACAUUGCCAAAAUUACCCAACGGCUUACACUGA